AUGUUCGCGCCGAAUCCCCGUAAUUUUAUCGUUAGCUUUGCCGACACCAGUGAAAUCGCAAGUCCAUUUGUGCAUCUAUGCAAAAAUGCAAUAUCUGUAUUUCUUAAAAUGACAGUAGUAGCAGAAGAUAAAGAAAAGGACGACGAAUCCGAAGGCGUUGUACUGGCAGGGGAUAACCAGACACUCAAUACAGUGAACUACACUCAGUAUCAGACAUUCAAUACCGAGCUUGAGGCGCCAUCAGCGCCUCCAUCAGAAGAACAAGUUACAGUCAGCUCUCCGAAGAUUGUGUACAAAAAUGAGCCUGUGUACAAGAAUUUGCCCCGUGGUGCGGAUCUCAGUGAUGAGGAUCGAUAUCAGGUACUUCGGGCACUGGCAGCGGCACUCACCGAAGAGGAGAAAAAGGACCUGUAUGAGAUGAGUAAUUAUGCAAAAGUGUUCAAGGAGCAGCGCAUCAGCUUGGGUUUUACGCAACAAGACGUCUGCUCAGCACUUCAUCGCAUAUACGAUGUGUGCAUCUCGCAGACGACUGUUUCUCGUUUCGAAUCGGCAGCGCUGUCAUUCAAAAAUAUGUACAAAUUGCGAGCGAAUCUGCAGAAGCUGAUGGAGGACAUUGAGAAAACACGAGCAUCCGGUGCAAGCCUAGGUGACAUCCUGAAUGAUCCAAACCUUAUUAAAUCGGUUUAUUUUUCUCUCUUUAAUCAAACAUUCGACUACAUACAGGCGGUGGUUUCGGUUGUGCUUGGUCACAGUGUGUCGCGACGUUAUGCAUUUAUCUAUUUCUAUGGUUAA